GGACGCAAGACGCCAACAACGCUGUCGUAUGCCAUCGUAUUUCAGUUCGGUCAGCGACGUACUGCUUGCAGUGUCGGAACGUUUGGUGCAUUCUUUCUUCCGCUUUUAUUAUCUUUUUCUUCCACUUUCGUAUCUCGUGCUGCAGUGUACUUAUAUGCAUGCUGUUACAGGCAGCCGGGUACGAGUACAUUCUGUGUCGCAUGUGUAUGUGUACGCGCGUAUAUGUGCGUCUCUGUUUCCUUCGUCUUUUUCCUACAUGCACUCACGUACACGAACUAUUUUCUUUUAUUAUAUCGUUCUCUCUUCAUCGAGAAAUCAAAAUAUCACGCGUAUACCGACAGAAAAUGUGCAAGAUUAGUGGUACAUAGAAAAGAAAAAGAAGAUAAAAGUAAUCGAAAGAAAAGAAGAAAAAAAACGACGUUCAUCGAGCAAUUUUAAGCAAACGCUAUUUUGACAGCACACAGAAGCAGAAACAGGGCAACAGCUCAGACAGUUUCCCAGCGUCUUUCCCUUUCUCGUCCUGCCGGUCGAAGCUUCCUCGUCGUUUCUUCUGUCCCUCUUUUUCUUCCGAACAUUUACGAGCGAGAGAAAAGAUCAAUUGCUUCCAGGACCCUUUUUCAACAUUCUUAACGAGCAGAAAAUCAUAUUUUAUACGCAUUGGUCUUUGGCAGACAGGAAAUAGAAUCAGCAACCACAACGACAACGAAGACUUCAAAGUUACGAGGAACCAAUAGGAAGAUGUCUCGUGUUCAUUACAGUUUGCUCUGGAUCGUUAAUGCCUACCAUAAAGCUUGAUUCUUUCGCAUAUUUGAUGAAACUUGGCUGUCGGCAACCAUUUAUGAAUGGAUCUUGGAGAUUUAGAAAGAUGGUGGAAGAAUCCAGGGAUCGCCGUUUGGAGUUUCGUGCUCUUUGGCUGUUUUCUUCUCAAUGUGAUCCUCUUCCUCAUUUUUCUCAUAAGACCCGGAUUGCGGACAAUUUCGAACAGAUUCGUGAUGAAUUUGACCGUCUCGAACCUGCUAAUCUGUGCGCUAUUGAAUCCUCUCUUAAUCAUGGAUGCCUCACCAACGACUAAAUCCGACUCGUCAUCGUUAUCAGCGGAAAAUAUCUGCGCGGUAUCAGAAGGUGCGACUGCCCUCAUGACAACUUCCUCGGUGUUAUCGGUCUUCCUUAUAGCCAUAGACCAAUACUUCGCCGUGGUGGAUCCUUUGAGAUAUCGCGCAAAGGUCGACAAACUGAAAUCCGGAAUCUUAAUAAUCUCAGUUUGGCUCAUUUCCUCGAUAUUUGCCCUUUUGGCCUUCUUAAAUCCAAAUCCUCGCAGUCUUUGGCUAUCUUGUAAUCUACAGUCUAUAUCAGCUACUUAUCUAUCUCGAAACUCGUCCAUAAAUUUACAGAGCAAUUCGAGCUUUGGCAUCAUCAAAAAUAAGACUGUCGAUAUAGAAACAAAAUGGAUCGAAUUCGUCGAGAAUGCUCCAAAUGAAAAUUCGAUGACCUAUGGUACGAUUUACACGAUGGUGCACAGUUUAUUCGCCUACCUCUUACCGUUUACCUGUGUCUGUUGGAUAUACGUAAAAAUCUAUUCUGCGGCGCAUAGGAAUUCGGAAAGAACAAGAAGAACUGGUUCCAGACCAAUACUUUCGUCGGCAAGUUUUUGCGAGGAUCAAAAAUCGCAGCAACAACAGAACCAACAAGUAGACAGUUUCGUGGAGGACUGUAGAAGAAUACCUAAAAUUUCGAGUCUCUCGUCGAUUGACGAAACCAGCGAGACGACUCAACCGGCGGGAAGCCAAGUACUUCGCGGACGUUCUUUUUCGUCAGCUUUAGAAAUUCACUUGACUAAUCUUCCUUCCACCAACGAGGUUUCUUCGUCUACCACUGUUGUAUUUACCGUAGGACCCGAUACUGACGAGUGCUCGUCGUAUCAUGAGGAAAAUGAAAAAAACGAAUCCAACAGAUCAGAUCUUCCUAUCUCGACGAGGAAGGCUGACUUUAUGGAGAAGGACGAAAUAACUAUCCAGCUGUUUCCGGAUCCUACCAAGUAUGAUCUCGUUAAGAAUCGGUUUCUGGAUCGAUCUGAUCAUAGAAGGAAAUUGUCACAUAAUCUUAUGUACGAUCAGAUGUUGGUGCAAGAAAGUACGAGAGAUUCUUGGCUCAAUGAUGACACUGUAGCUGACGUAAGAAAUUCGGAUACGGAAGAAGAUAUUCCUUCUGAACGUUUUCGCCCCACAAUCGAAGACGAUGUGUGUCGUCAACAAAAACCCAUAUAUCUUUCACCAUAUUCGGCCUACGAAACUGCCUUAAAUCGUAAUGAAGAAAAGGAUGGCAUAGAAGUAGAUGGUAUAUAUACUACUCAAAGUUUGAGAUUUAAUGACACUUUCGUUCGAACCAAAGAUCGUGGAAAUGUCGAGGAGUCAGAUAAAAACGAAUUCGAACGGUCAAAAAAUAAAAAACAUUACGAUGGAUUAACCUCAGAUUUUGAAAUAACCGAGGUAAUUGUCGAUAACUGUGAUGUCUUCAAUGUAGAAAAUACUGGAAAAUCCACGGAAAUAGUGUUGAACGGUGCUAACACUGAAACAUCGGCUUGCCUCUUGACACCUAUUGUAACGAUCACGCCAGCUCCUAAUAAAAACACCUUGCAUCGAGUUGCCAGUGUCAGAAGUACUUCUAGUUACAUAAAUUCUCUUAAGUACAGGAUCAGUAAUGGUUCGUUAUUUAGAUAUCGAGAGGAGACUAGAGCUGCUAGGAUAAGCGCUUUAGUCAUUGUGAUGGGCUUGAUCUGUUGGUCCCCAUAUGAGAUACUAUUGCUUCUGAAGAAUUUUCCGCCCUAUAACGAUCGACGAAUCGCUCACGAGUAUGAUGUGAUGGCACUGUGUUUUCUUGUUCUGGCUGCUUAUGUGAGUCCGUUGCUUUUCGGGUAUCGUUCGAAAAGAGUUAAAAGAGAGCUGAGGAAGUUCUUUUGUUUCAAAAAAGAGCUAUCCUACAAAAAUAACAGAAGCCUUAUGGCGAAAAAGGUUUUAAAGAGACGUCAUAGUAACACGUUCAGCCAAAUGGAGCAGGAGAAUCGCUACAAUAUCUUCAAUUGUGUCUAUGGUAGAAAUCGUUGGCCUAAGGAAAAAGUGCAAUUCGUUCAGGUGUCAGAUACCGCUUUAGCGGUGGAAACCUGCAGAAGUAGCUUUUCAAGUGGUGCGAGUACACAAAUUUCGAGCACAUCCACGGACGAUUGUUGAUAAGACGUUAUUGUAGAUUAAUUCGGUCGUUCGAUCUACAGUGUUCCUUGGGAAACUCGCUAAUGAAUUAAUUUUCGUGCAAUCGAUGAAUUUCAAUUUUCUUUUUAAAUAUACAAAGGACUGUCGAAGAGAGUGGAAAUAUACGAAUCGUCGUCAAACGCAUUGGAGGUAGCUUAUAAUUCAUAGGAGGUAACUUUGUUUUCGAACGUUUAUACAAAAUGAGUCAUUCAAAUUGAAAUUCUCAAUAUUUGCCUUAUUUAUAAAUAUACAAAAAAGAAUAUAAGGAAAAAUAGAGAUUAUUUUUUCUUAUCGUUGUACUUGUUGCUCAAUAAACAACAAAUAUAUUGUGGAGAUUCAAUUUAAAUGACAUAUUUUAUAUAUGUGUGUAUAUAUUUACUCAUUCGAUGGAUGUAUUUAUUAUUCAUUUUUAUAUCCAUCCUCUUCCAUAUAUCUCAAACUAAAAUUUAAUAAGUAAAAGUGGAUGAUCAUAUGACUUAUGGUAUAUUCAUAUUUAUGCGGUCUAUCUAAUGAUCAUCAUAUAUACAUUGGUAUAUAUGAUGUAUUCAUCUUUGUCAAAACGAUAAGAGAAGAUAAGACGAAAAAAAUGUUCAAAUCGAAAGUAUUUCGCGUAAUGACAACAGUCUUACCGCUAGUAUUACAAUCUUUUUCUGGAGAUAGUUGUAAUCAUGAUUGUAAUUGUACUUUAGAAUGAGCAUGGCUUCUUUCUUUACACUUUACGCUUAUUCGCGAAUGUUCAUAUCAACAUUUAUGCGAUUUAUUCUCUAAUAUAUUUUAUUAUAACUAUUUAAUAUUAUAGAUACAUAUGUUCUAUGUUCAUCUUUCAGUAUAUUUCUUUUAACUAGUUAUAUACAUCUGCAAGCAUAUAUUCAUCCACGAGAAAAUAUGAGAAGAUAUUUUUUACAAAAAUAUGCAUGUUCGCGUACGUCCUCAGUUUUAUUAUGUAAAUAUGUAUGUACACAAUCAGCAUUUCAUGACAAAUUACGAAUUUACGCCUUGGUUUAAUGGGUCGAGGAUUUAAACUAUAUUACGAAUAUAUUAUUAUUUUGUACAUUACAAGUAUAGCUCUUUUAUUUAUAUUAAAUAAUCGCUGUAAAUAAUAUUACGAUCAAAUUCGCAACUACUUUGUUUCAAUCUUAAUCGUUUCGGUAAUUUAGUAACGCGUUAUAUAAUAGUUUGUUGAUUAUUGAGAUCAUUGCCUCUUCAAUUUUUUAAGAUGUAAUUCCAUUAAUUGCGUACUUCGUUAAUGUUUACUUCAUAUCUUUUCGUUUUUAUAUGGCCCGAAAUUCGAUUUUCGGACGUUGUCGUCAUCAUCUUAACAAUGUGAUAAUAAAAUAACAAUAAUAAUGAUAAUGUAUCGAAAAUCUAUUGACGUUCGAUGUGAAACUAAUUUAUGUGACUUUGUCAAUAAAAAAAAUGAAAAGAG